CUGAUUGCGAAUCCUAGUUUCUUUGCUCCUACACGUUUCGUCUAUAGUGUUUAAGUUUCGUCGCAAGUGGAACUUUUGAUCCGUUUGAAAGUGAGAGUUGGUAGAAAAGCCACAGAAGGUCGAUCGCAAAAGUGCAACAAAGCUGCUUAUCCACAAAAGUUCGCUCAUCGGCGGCAUGAUCGACAUUGACCUUAAACCGACUGUCUCGUAUUUUGUAUUGUUUGUUCGUCGUAGUUCAUAUUUAUACGGAUGAGGUGCAAGAUUGUGGGAUGUAAACAGAAGAUAUUGGCCUCCCCAGUGAAGUGUGUUUUUAAAACAACAUUAUUUACGGUGAAUGCAAGUGCAUUAAACGACUAUACCCUCGCGGAAGAGAAGAAAGCGGGAUCAAAAUGUGAUGUACAGCUCGUUAUAAAUGUGUCUAGCAAGUGAAGGUGGCUCGUUAAAGUGCCAGUAACUGGGAGGAAUAUUUUUACAAAAUAUGGAUUAAAACGUAGCAAGCGGGAAAACCUGUCGACUGUUCCAGAAAAGUGUCGCCUACCAGCAAUUAUUCGGCUGGUGACUGCCGAGCGAUGGAAUGUGAAACGCCUACUAGAGAUCUCACCGUAAAGACUGAUCAGUGUGUGAUAUGAAAAUCAAGUGAAUCUAUUGCAAUGUGGAAUAAUUACUAUCCUGCUGUUUUAGCAGCUGCCAGCUAGAUCGGGAUGUGUUCAAAAUAUUGAAUGUGAAGAAUCAAAGUGUCUUUUUAACUCGAUGAUGAACCGUCCAUCGUACCAGCUUUUGUUGUAGCCCGGCCCUGCCAGCCUUUGCUCAUCGUAGAAGGCCUACGGUGGUGGAGUGGCUCGUUAGUGAUCUCCAGGCUAUCUGGCGUUAUGUUUUUUGUUGUGCAUUUUUCACUGCAAGGAUACCACACCAAGUGAUUCAGCGGUUACUUAGAUCAUUUCGCGAGCGAGAGUUGUAGUGUACAUACAAAUAUGGCUCACAGAUGUAAUUUUUAUCAGUUGUUGAACCUUGCUAGGAACCCGAGGCUGAGUAGCUAGAAUACUAUAAUAGAGCACACGCCAGCGAAGAAUAAUCGCGUGGAAAAAGAAACUGCCCAUGUUUCAUUACAAUUGUGUUUACUAGAGUGACCUUUUCAGAGCGCAGUAUCAAUUGCGUGCCCUGCUGCCUGAUGAGAACAACGAGAAGUGAUAGAACUCGGAUCGAGAAAGAGUCCGCGAUAAGUGAUUCCAGUUUCAAGUUUAUCAAAAUAUUUACAAAGUGACUACUAAUAUGAAGAAAUAGUGCUUCCUGAUAGAAGAAUACGCAGCCAAGAGCCAAUUAACCUUACUCCGAGCGGCGAGAAAGAAAACAGAGUGAAUGAAUCGACCGAAGGCGGCGCACCUACCGGAAUAGGAUUUUACUUGCGCAGUGUGUAAGCUCGGGAUUCGGUUGGAGGGGAAUCUCUUUACUUUGUUACCACUGUGUUCCGUUGACAUGAUCAUAAAAAUGACGUUAUCGCGACUGCAACUGCUUGAACCCGAUAAACCUGUGAACCGGUAAACUACACUGUGCUAACGAGUGUGUGCGUGUGUGACCUGUUUGAAGCGGUACAUUGAGAUAACGAGAGCCCUUGAAGUGAUCCGACGCUCCGAUAGAGGAGGGCAGUUUUCGAAGAAAUCCCGAUACCGAGCAGAGCAAGUGAGCUCCAUUUCCUUCACUCUGAAUCCCGUUAGAAAUCCAGAACUCGUUACGAAAAUGACGUCUCUAGGAAUUAUGACAUUGAGCCGUGGACCCUACAGCGAGCUCGAUAAAAUGAGCCUUUUCCAAGAUUUGAAACUGAAACGAAGAAAAGUUGACUCAAGAUGUAGCAGCGAUGGGGAGUCCAUAGCCGAUACCAGUACUUCGUCACCAGAUCUUCUGCAACCACUAUCACCGAAGAUGUGCGACCAGCAGCAGUCGGGCGGACAGUUAGAGCAGGAGGGGCACGCUGAGCUAGAGGAUGGCUCACCAGCUCCGACUGCUGCUGCAGACCAUCAUCACCACCUUCCGCAUCAACACCACCAGCAGCAUCCGCACCAGCAGCAUCCGCACCAGAACCAACACCACCACCACCACCACCAACAUCAUCAUCAUCAUCAUCCCCAUCAUCAUAGCAAUAAUGUCGAUAACAAUAACACGUUAACAAGCAACAACAAUAACAACAACAACAGCAGUGAUAGUUGUUUAACGUCACCAAAGCCAGUGCAUGAUAACAGUGUGCUGAAGGACGAUGAUGUUGGCAGUGACAGGGCAUCGCCCGAUUCGCCGGGUUUGUUGAUAGACGAACGGCCACCUUCGAGACUGAAACCAACGGAUACCAGCGGUAGUAUACCGGUGUCGUAUUCCAGUUCUGCCAGCUGUGGCGGGGGCGCUAGUGUGAUACGUUCGGUGGCGGAUGAGCGUCCCCGGUCAACCAGUCCGCCAAGCAGCCAUAACUUAGCGCUAAUGAAUUCCAUACAAUUACUACAACAACGCUACAAUGCAAAUGGCGGUGGAGGUGGCAGCAGUAGGGAUUCACCUGGUGGCGGUCAGGAUGGGCCCUGCCAUUCACAACAACAGCACCAGCAACAGCAACAACACGUGACCGUACUAGUCACUCCAUCCCGAAUAAAGUCCGAACAGCCGACGACGCUGGUAACGCUCGGGAUGCGCAAACAAGCUCCACCGUCAAUUAAUCUAGCAGAUACCGAAAACACCAACGGUAGUAAUACUAGUAGUAGUGAUAACUGUAACGGUAGUAAUAGCAAUGCUAGUAAUAAUAAUCAAGAGCCUAAUAGACUUACAUCGACACCGCAUAGUUCAACGUCGUCAUCAUCGCCGUCGUCAUCGUCGUCAUCAUCGUCGUCGAACUCUUCAUCAGCAUCUAGCGCACAGCUGAAUCAGCUGGGCCAGCAGCCUGUUCACGUUCACAUGUUUCAGCAGCCUCCCAUGGGUGGCAUGUCCAAAUUCACAUCUAGUCAAGCUUCAUCAAAUAGUCUAAAUAUUCAGCAGCAACAGCAUCUCGCGCAGCAGCAAAUGCUGCAAGCCAUGCAACAGCAAAUCCGCAUCAAAAAGGAACGGAUGCCACAGUACACGAUGGUAAACCAAAACGCCAAUUCGUCCAUGAUGCAGGGUGGUCAUCUGCGACAACCAAACAUGCAGAUUAUUGCCAACUCUCAGCAGCAAGCAUACCUGAAACGGGAACGAACCCUAACGAAUCCAAACUACACAGUCGUGAACGUUAACAUGCCUCCCGUAUCGAUGGCUGGCAAUGGCAAUCACCAAAGGCAAACAUCAACACCCACCAGCAGCAGGCCGACGCAAAUGACUUGUAGUAACACCACAUCGAUGCAGCCACCGAUGUCGCCUACUCAACAGCAAAACCGCCAGCAAAGUCCAGUCCCUAUAGGCUCCAGUAACAUGACCCAAUCACCACACAUUAUUAUCAAAAGGGAACGGCAACAAUCCAUUCAAUCGUUGGGUAAUCAGGCCAUGCAACUUUCGCCCAACAACCAGCGGUUACCCAGUCCUAUCCAAGUCAGUCCCACCACAUCGCCGCUUAAUCCUGCCCUACAAAUACGACAUCCAUCUCGGGAUGCAGCUAUUUUAUUUCGUGUCAAAAACGAAGCACAAAUACCAAAUCUCAUGCCACAACAGUUGGGUGCCGUGCCCCAGCGGAUGACAGUUUGGCCUGGUGGUCAGCAAAGGAUCAAUGGCGUGAAACCGGAAGUGAUUGGUGGUCCCCUGCCACCGCUACGAAACCAAAUAUCUCCCCAGCAGUCCCCACAACACUAUCAGAGUCCUGGUCCGAUCACCUCGCAAGCGUCCUUUCGUAACACCCCGACAGUAAUCAUGGGCGAAUCCUGCGGAGUACGAACCAUGGUCUGGAGCUAUGAUUCCCCACCGCAAGUACAAACUACAACACCAUCGAUUCCAUCGUCGCCGUCGGCAGCUAGUAGUACAGCAUCGAUACAGAGCCCAAUGGGUCCGGGUUCGUCGCAUAGUGGUGGCACUGGUCUUGGUGGUGGUGGUGGCGGUGGUGGAAGUCAAGGAGGUGGUAGCGUUCCUCAGUCCCCGGGCGGCAGCCACCACCAUCAAAACAGCAACAGCAGUAGUAGUAGUAGCAGCACCAGCAACAACGAGGAAGCAGCACAUCUUCUGCUAAGCCUAGGACAAACCGUAAGGCAGAAUGAGGCUCAACCAUGGACACCAAGUCGGACGGGACUGCCACUGAACAUGGAACGGUUGUGGGCUGGUGACUACAGUCAGUUUCCCACCGGACACCAGAUGCAUGCACUCAACCUCACCUCGCCCCAACCGUGGAAUAUGCCCCCCGGUCCAAAGAAGGAAUUGUUAGAUGAUAUGCCUCCGGACGAAGACGAACAACCCCUAGUUUGCAUGAUCUGUGAAGACAAAGCCACUGGGCUGCACUACGGCAUCAUCACCUGCGAAGGUUGCAAAGGUUUCUUCAAGCGAACCGUGCAGAACCGGAGGGUUUACACCUGCGUUGCGGACGGUACCUGUGAGAUCACUAAGGCCCAGCGGAAUCGCUGCCAGUAUUGUAGGUUUAAGAAGUGCAUCGAGCAAGGCAUGGUGCUUCAAGCUGUUCGGGAGGAUCGAAUGCCGGGUGGAAGAAACAGUGGCGCAGUUUACAACCUGUACAAAGUUAAGUAUAAGAAACAUAAGAAGAACAACCAGAAACUGAACAACCACCAGAAACUGGGCCUACCUGGCGGCGACAAUCCCAAAUCGAUGUAUCUGACCUCGUCGACGACGCCGCCGAUCAAGUCGGAAAGUAUUAGUCUGCCAUCGCAUCUGGUCAAUGGAACGAUUCUGAAAACCGCACUAACCAACCCAAGUGAAAUCGUGCAUUUACGCCAUAGACUGGACAACGCCGUCAGCUCGUCCAAGGAUCGGUCGAUCUCGUACGAGCAAGCCUUGAACAUGAUACAUACCCUUAUAGACUGUGAUGCUAUGGAGGACAUAGCGACCCUGCCGCAUUUUAGUGAAUUCCUCGCCGACAAGUCGGAGAUUGGCGACAAGCUCUGUAAUAUAGGUGAUUCCAUUGUACAUAAACUCGUCUCGUGGACACGCAAGUUACCCUUCUACAUGGACAUCGCGGUCGAGAUUCAUACGAAGCUGCUGACCGACAAAUGGCACGAGAUUCUGGUGUUAACGACUGCAGCUUACCAAGCGAUGCAUGGAAAGAAGAACAUCAGCAACCAGCCACAGUCCGCGAGUUUGCCGGAGGGUGCAACGAGUCUCGCACCCGACAGGCAAGAUCCUGAGUUCGUUGAAGAGAUAACAGCCCACCUUCAAACGCUGCAAUCCUGCCUGACAACAUUGAUGGGUCAUCCGAUCUCAAUCGAGCAGCUGAAAAUAGACGUUGGGCAGAUGGUGGAGAAAAUGACCCAGAUCACCAUCAUGUUCCGGAGGAGUAAACUUAAGAUGGAGGAGUACGUGUGUCUAAAGGUUUAUAUUCUACUGAACAAAGAAACCGAGUUGGAAAGCAUACAGGAGCGGUAUGUUCAAGUACUUAGAACUUACCUACAACAUACCGUCCCACACAGCCCCAAUAGACUGUCAGAUCUCCUAGCUCACAUACCUGAGAUUCAAACCGCUGCCAGUCUGCUGCUUGAGAGCAAAAUGUUCUAUGUGCCGUUCGUUCUAAAUUCCGCUAGCAUUAGGUAGCAGAUGAUCGAACGGGGUAUGCUCGAACCUCUCCAGCACGAACUACGCCGUAAUCAGGAAGAACGACAACAUAAUCAACAACAACAACACAAUCAAUCGAUUGAUAGUAGCAGCAAUUCAACCCAUCCAUCAACAAUAGUACGUCAGCACGACAUGAAACCACCGAACAUGCGUCCGGUUCUUCAAGUCCCUGCACCUCCGUUUGCACAGCAACAGCAGCUGGGACAGAUCCCGAAGCGACUGUCCCAUACUGCAGCAGCUUCAUCGACGGUAGUCUCCUCGAAACCACCAACACCAUCGCCACAGCAACAACAACAUCAGCAGCUACAUAUGCAGCCUCUGCAACAACCACAACAACAACAGCAGCAAAUUGUCCAACUGCAACCUUUGCAGUCACCAUCGCAAUCGCAGCAAGCGCUGCCCAACACCGCCAAUCGAAGCGGCUCCGUGACGAUUUUUGUUAUCAAAACCAUGUUACCUGAUGAGUGAUGUUAAGGUUCACCGCUUCACGUGACACCCAAGAAAGCGUCGCGAUUUUAAUUCGCUCUUAGCGUUAUAUUCGCAAUGGGAAAUUAUCGUUUUGUUUUUUGAAACAUUUUUCAGUCUCUCACGAAAAGUUUUCUUUGUUUCUCGAUCGAGUUGAAUCUCGUUUUAAUUGUUUUUGUUUUAUUAUUUAUGAAUUGUUUUAAUUUGUUUACGAUUUCUCGUUGAGCGUGGAAAGCAUUGUAAACAACAAAGAAAACAAUUUUUAACGUGGAUAGAAUAGAUGUAUUGCAUUAUAUACACAUCUGGAAUCAUAGAGAUUUUGCAUAUACACUCAUAUACACAAAUCGUGUCUAAUAUGUAGGUAUGUAAAAAAAACAAAAUAAAUUUUCACCCUAACCUGAAUGUUAUGUAGUCUGAGAAAGGAGAGAAAAUACAAAUAUCGAUUCUAAACAAAAAUCGCUCACGAGCCCAGGGCCGGAAUAAGGGCACGCGAGCUCGCUUGUAAGCUUGCGCAUCGGUCGCAUAACCGUUCGCUAGAGAAACGUGAAAGCAUAAAAAACAAUAGCAUGGAUUCACAUUCGAGGAAAAUUUUUUCCACUACUAGGAAGUCUGAAAAGAAAUGCCUUCUAUAUUAUAAAUAGAAAAAACAAGCGACCGUAGAUGUAAUUGAUAAGAGAAAAAAGAAUCGUGGACACAUUGAGGUGGAAAAGUAACAAAAAUUUCCCGUUUCCCAAUUAUAUAAAACAGCUGCAAAAAUAUUCGCGUUGAAAUAAACAAAAGUCGCAAGCGAUCGAAAUGUCGUGCAUAAAAUAACCGUAAAUAAACAUAUAUAUUUUUAUAUAUUUAA